AUGAUGUCAGUUCUUUCUCCUUCGCAUCCGACUUUCUCCGACCAAAGUGUCACUUACUACGAUGGAAUACGAGCAUAUCUACGCUCUCCGGCCUUCACUUCUGACCCAGAAAAAUGCAAUAUCUACGUAUUUGACAAUACAUCCAAUGGCCUGGCCCAUACAUUCACCAGCAGCGAGAGAUUCGAAUCCCACAUUGCAGACACACAGAAGCCUAGUGGUCGGAUAGUUUCAAUAUGCUCUCCGAACUCGAUGCGGCCAUUGGGCAUUACUGAGCAGGCCUGGAGCAAGCUCAUGAACGAGUACAACGUGGAUGCCUCCUUCUCUGACCUCGCUGUUUCGUUUGGGGAUAAGCCACGGAGCUCUGAUGCCGGCCUUGGGGCAUUCACCGUGCGGCAGAGGGCAAAUGGCGCGUAUGACAUGCACUACCUCCUCACAUAUGCCGAAGAUGACACCAGAGGAGGCAUAUCGUCAUGGAAAAUCCGCCAGGCUUGUGUUUUCCAUCACUAUGACCCGUCAGGAUGCGGAAACCUUUUCAUCUUACUUCACGCAAAUCCGCAAUCGCCGCUGCAUAGACGCAUAGAACAUACUAUUGCGACAAACUCGGGCGCCCUGUUCGGAGCGUGGUUUUCCAUGCAUCUGCUGGUUCUGUCUACCUACCUAGGCGGUUGGCGCUGGUACAUUCGGAAUCUAGGCGACGAGAUCGAGAAGACUGUGGACAUAGCACUUACUCUGGAUUUCUCGAAACCUCGCUCAGGGGACCACAAGGGUGGUCUUGUCCAUCUUCUCAAGCAACAAUACCUGGGAGAUCGGAUCCUUCCAUUGGCCUCUAGACUGCGCACUGCGCUGGUGACGCUGCACCGGCUGGAAAAUAUGAACUCACUCUUCCGUCCGAAGACAUCCGCCGAUGAUGGAUUCCAGACUGUAGUGGACAGUCUGGCGUAUCACGUAACGACUCUAGAAGGGCAUUUGGAAAGCAUCAACGUGCUAGAACGAAAGAUUCGAGGGAUAUCUGAUCUGCUGGCGGUUGCGCUGACAGUGGACAACCAAACCGUGACCAUAGACAUCAACAACAAAAUGUUGGAUCUGAAUAACAAGCUCCUCAAACUCACAGAUGAGUCUUUAGAUGGGAAUACCACUGUUCGGAUUGUGACUCUGGUCACUUUGAUAUACCUCCCAGCCAGUUUUGUCUCUACCCUCCUUGGAAUGAACCUCUUUGAUUAUGGCAAGACCGGCGAUUUCGAGAUAUCACAUCAGUUUUGGAUCUUUGUUGUGAUUGCAGUGUCUUUGACCGCGCUGACUGUGGGAUCCUGGUAUUGGUUCAGUCGACGGCAACAACAAUUAAAAGAAAAAAGUCGAGCGAUAGAGCUUGGGGAAUUAUGA